GUGAGAUUCCUUACAGCCAUGGAGAGGAACAAUCACACAGUGACUGAGUUCAUCCUGCUGGGCUUCACCACAGAUGCAGGGAUGCAGCUGGGACUGUUUGUGGUGUUCCUGGGCGUGUACUCUCUGACGGUGGUAGGAAAUAUCACCCUCAUGGUGUUGAUCUGUAAUGACUCCCGCCUCCAUACACCCAUGUAUUUUUUCAUUGGAAAUCUGUCGUUUCUGGAUCUCUGGUACUCCUCUGUCUACACCCCGAAGAUCCUAGUGACCUGCAUCUCUGAAGACAAAAGCAUCUCCUUUGCUGGCUGCCUGUGUCAGUUCUUCUUCUCUGCUGGGCUGGCCUAUAGUGAAUGCUACUUGCUGGCUGCCAUGGCUUAUGACCGCUACAUGGCCAUCUCCAAGCCCCUGCUUUAUGCUCGGGCCAUGUCCAUAAAGCUAUGUGCAUCUCUGGUAGCAGUCUCAUAUUUGGGGGGUUUUAUUAACUCUUCAGUCAUCACCAAAAAGACGUUUUCCUUCAACUUCUGCCGUGAAAACAUCAUUGAUGACUUUUUCUGUGAUUUGCUUCCCUUGGUGAAGCUGGCCUGUGGUGAUAAGGGUGGUUAUAUGGUUCUGAUGUAUUUCCUGCUGGCCUCCAAUGUCAUCUCCCCUGCCCUGCUCAUCCUGGCCUCUUACCUCUUUAUCAUUGCCACUGUCUUGAGGAUCUCCUCCUCCCAGGGUCGUCUCAAAGCCUUCUCCACAUGCUCUUCCCACAUCACCUCUGUCACUUUAUACUAUGGCUCCAUUCUCUACAUCUACGCUUUCCCCCGGGGAUCUAGCUAUUCUUUAGAUACGGACAAAAUAGUUUCUACAUUUUACACUGUGGUGUUCCCCAUGUUGAAUCCCAUGAUCUACAGCCUAAGGAAUAAGGAUGUGAAAGAGGCUCUGAAUAAACUCCUCCCAUAAAUCAAGAUUAUCUACACCAGAAGAGAACAAAGUUGAUUUGAGAUGGAGGUUUUUUUUUUUGUAUUUCAAGCAGAGUUACCACUGUGCUCCAUCAUGACCAAUCCCACCCAUGAUACGUGACAGUUACAGACGUUUAAUAUAAGAAAAUUAGGAAAAUUUAGAAGAAAAAUAUGAAUAUAUAAGAAUUUGAGGUGAAUGUCUUGUCUUUCUAAAUUAAAAGCAAACGUAAAACUUAGGCCCAAAGCCUCUCCUAUAUAUUCAUAAAGUGAUGAACAGCCUUCUUCAUUAGCCUAAGAUUUGGUUAACUGGUACAUAUAGAAUAGUAGUUGCCAGUGACUGGGGCAGGGUGAGUGGAGAAAGGAGAAUUGUUGAGCAAAGGGAACAAAGUUUCAGGUAGAUGUGAGGAAUCAGUUCUGGAGAACUAUUGCAGGACAAGGUGACUACAGUUAAUAGUAAUGUAUUGUGCAUUUAAAAAUCACUUCAACGGUGGAUCUUAAGUGUUCUCACCACAAAGCAAUGAUAAGUAUACGAGAUGAUGGACAUAAUAAUUAGUCUAAGAUGUUCAAUCCACAAUGUAUACAUAUACUGAAGCAUUGUAUUUUACCCCCACAAACAUAUAAAUUAUGAUUUAUCGAUAAAAAAUUUAAAAAACAAAAAGAUUAAUAUGACAAGAGGCAGUUAAUUUUGAUUAGUUUUUCAAUGUAAGACAGAAGUAAUGUAAUUUGUUUAUAAACAUACAUACUUCCUUGUUUGAAGUUGCAUAAGCAGUAAAGAAAGAAAAUGCAAGAAACUGAAUCAGGCAGGUAAACCCAGAAAAUGUAGGAGAGUCACACAGAGUGAAAGAGUAAAUCCACACUGGCAAUCAUGGACAUUAACACGGUAAGUGGGUGUAGGAAAUAAAAUCAAUACAAGUUGUAACACUCAGUAACACAGCCGAAACAGAGUCCAACAGUGUAAUUCUAAGAUGCUCAAUGUAGGCAAUUUUCUAAAAAGGAACACUGUUUAUGCCAACCCAGUCUUCUGGUUGUCUAAAAUACGUUUUCUAUUUCCCACUGAUAUUAAAAUUCCUAUAAAAUACAUUAUUUUAAAGUAAUGUUAACAGAUCAAUUAGUAUAUUACAGUGGCAGUAAAUCAAUUACUUUAUGUUGCUUGACUGUAACCAGAGAAGACAUCAUUUCAGAGGGAAGCCUCAAUUACAGAAAGUAAAACUGAUGCGACACAACUAUUGGUGUCAUAAACCCUGGCAUGUAACUAUAGAGGAGAGUCUUCAAACUACUUGAGGGCUUCUUUUCUAAUAUUUUUAGGGGAGCCUACCAAAAUUUAUUCUUCAAAUAAGAAUACGCCCAUAUAUUAUAAACGUGGCUGGCCUAUGUACAUAUUUAUAUUGUUUUAUGUUUGGAAGGUAGCUCUGGAAUCACGUCUAAGUAAUAUUACAGAGAUCUUAGUGAAAAGAUAAAGUACAGCUAAUAAUAAUGUUCGGAAGACAUAAAAACAAAGAACAUAAAAUAUAAUGAAGCAUGUGGCCAGAUGUUUUAUAAAAUAAUUUAGAAAUCUGUUUAAGUGUAAAAUUAGCAGGAGGUUUUUCACUUUUGGAAAUAUUUCAUCUGAAAAUUAUGUAUUUGAAGUAUUCAGAAAAAUAUUUUAUAUUAAUUUGAAAUUAAAAUAUAAAAUCCUAAGGGAAUUUGAUUACUGAGGUCAAAAAUAAAGUUUAAAUUCUUGAG